UGUUUAAAAACGGAGAGUGAAAGACAAGGACUCAGGAGGCCAAGUGAGGGAUUCAGGUUGGCCUCAGUAAGCAAGAGGAGGAAACAUCUAGCCCAGGGCAGCAGGUGAAUCUUUAGCUUUGUGGAAUCAACAUCAUGUGGAUAUUUCUUUUUGUUCUGGCUUCACUACACCUUCGGGCUGCACAGAGUAUCUGCUCACAUGGGGCUUGUUACCCACCUGUGCAAGACCUUCUAAUUGGAAGAAUCCAUCAUUUGAAAGCCUCCUCUACCUGUGGACUUGUCCAACCUGAAACUUACUGCACUCCAUAUGGGGAAUGGCAAAUGAAAUGUUGCCGAUGUGAUUCCAGAACCCCUCGUACACUCAACAGUCACCGGGUGGAAAAUGUCCUCUCUUCUGCAGGACAUACGCGGUGGUGGCAGUCCAAGAAUGAUGUGAAUCAUGUCUCCGUCCAACUAGAUUUGGAUGAAAGGUUUCAACUUGAUAGCAUCUUGAUGGAUUUCAGGAGUCCUCUGCCAGUUGGCAUGGUGAUUGAGCGUUCUAAUGACUUUGGCAAAUCCUGGACGAUUUAUCAGUACUUGUCCACCAACUGUGCCACGUCAUUUCCACAGAUCUCCAGAGGCCUCCCUCAGACCUGGCAGGAUGUGCAUUGCCAGGAUAUCCAUACUCAACACAGGCCACCUCAGAAUGGGGGGAAGGUUGAGUUCAAUCCCAUUGGCCUCGCAUCUGGGAUGAGGAUGUCUCAAAGCCAAAAAACCAACAAGCUGGGCCAAUUCACCAAUUUGAGAGUCAACUUCACCCAGCUGCCCCGCCUUCCACACCAGGGAUACCGCUCCCCCAAUGCCUUCUAUGCCUUGACCGAAAUGCAAGUGAAAGGAAGCUGCUUCUGCCACGGACAUGCAGAUCGCUGUGCUGCCCCUGACACCUCUUCUGCAGGACCCAAUGCUAUGGUGAACGGACACUGUGUAUGCCAGCACAACACUGUUGGGCCAAACUGUGAACAUUGUGCAGCUUUCUACAAUGACCAGCCAUGGAGACCUGCUGAAGAUGACAACCCCAAUGAAUGUCGCAGGUGCAACUGUAACGGUCAUUCUAACAAAUGUUAUUUUGACCCAGUUGUGUACCAAGCCAAUGGGGGAUUGAGUGGAGGUGUGUGUGAAGACUGCCUGCACAAUAUGGCAGGGAGGAACUGUGAACAUUGCAAGACCAACUUUUUCCGUAACCGGAAUUUUGACCUUGACCACUCAGAAGCCUGUCUCCCUUGUGAAUGUGACCCAGAUGGCACUGUUCCUAACUCCAAUUGUGACCCCCAGACCGGCCGCUGUGUCUGCAAGGACAAUGUGCAAGGAGACCGUUGCCAUCUGUGCAAGCCUGGAUUCACCCAGUUAACCAACUCUAACCCCCGAGGUUGCAGAGAUUGUGCCUGCAGCAUUUUAGGCAGCCGCAGCGACGUGCCCUGUGACGACGAGACGGGCCACUGUUCCUGCUUGCCCAAUGUGGUGGGAGACAAGUGUGAUGAAUGUGCUGCCAAUUACUGGAAAAUUGCAAGCGGCGAGGGCUGCCAGCCUUGCAACUGCCACCCCCAGCAUUCUCUCAGACCUCAGUGUCACCAGUUUACAGGGCAGUGUCCAUGCAGAGAAGGCUACGGGGGCCUGACAUGCUCUGCUUCCAACAUACGGGUUUGUCCGGACCAGUCUUAUGGAGAUGUCAGGACAGGUUGUAGAGCUUGUGACUGCAAUUUCCAGGGCACGGAGGAAGUGGGCUGUGACAAGCUGACAGGCAGAUGUCUUUGUCGUCCUGGCUUUACCGGAGUCCGCUGUGACCAGUGUCAACGGGGUUACUGUGGCAACUACCACCGCUGCGAGGCAUGCCAUCCUUGCUUCCAGGCCUAUGACGAAGACCUCCAUAGGUUCGGUUUGCGUCAGGCCACCUUGAAAAAUUCCACUCAGCAGCACCAUGUGGGGACAAUGAACUCCGGCUUCCAUACCCGCCUCUUAGAGGCAGAAGGUGAAGUUCAGCACAUCCAAGGGAUCCUGGAAAAUCCUCUCAUGACACAGCAAGGACUGGAUCAGGUGGCCAAUGCCAUUGCUACCAUUAGACGGACCAUUGAAAGUUUCAGAUCUGAAAUACCUCUUAUGGAUGAAGUGUCCUCUUUGUCCAUAGAUAUGGAUAGUUUUGAUAGAAGCCUGUUUCUGAUCAUCACUGAGUACCAAAACAAGAAGGCCCAGUUUGAAGCCAGCCGCAGCACAGAUGUCUCAGGGGCAUUCAAGACUGUCAGCUCUGCGCAUCAGACAUCUUCUAAUGCCAGCAUGCGCAUAGCUGGGUCUUCUAGACUACUGGCUCAGUCUAUGGAAAACAGGGAAAGUGCUGAGGAGCUAGAAGGUGAUCUUGCAGGCCAUGGGUCAGGACUGGAGGCUCUGCAGGGUGAAAUGGCGUUCUCUCCAAACUUGACACCAGUCAUUAAUAAGAUUUGCAGUGGCAUCAGAUCAGAGAUCUGCAGUCCUGGGGAAUGUCCUGGAGAACUGUGCCCCCAGGAAAACGCAACAGUAUGUGGCCAUGGUCUGAGCUGUAGAGGGAUCAUCUCGCUUUCUGGCAGCUCCAUCCACACUGCCAGGAAAACCACCCAAGAUAUUCACAACUUAAAUAUCCGACUUCAGGAGACUACACAGAUGAUCAGAGCAGCAGAAAUAGCUGCUGGCCAGAUUCAAACUAAUGCCCAGAAUCUGGGAGACCAAAUGAGUGCAACUAGGACCCAGAUAGAAGGAGACAUCCAACGCACCCAGCAGUUCAUCAGCCAAGUUCGCAACUUCCUGUCAGAUCCAGAUACUGAUGCUGCUACCAUCCAGCAGGUCAGCGAUUAUGUCCUCUCCCUUCACCUUCCUACUGACUCUGCCACACUCAUCAGAAAUAUGAAUGAGAUUCAGAACCUGGCUGCUAAGCUACAGUGCCCUGAGAGCAUCAUUGCCCAAACUGCUGGGGACAUUGCUAAGGCCAAACAGCUUCAGCAGGAGGCUGAAGAAGCAAGGAACCGUGCCAAUGCCAUUGAGGGCAAUGUGGAAGAUGUGGUAGAGAAUUUGAGACAAGGGAACAUAGCACUUCAGGAGGCUGAAGAUACAAUCCAUGGCUCUGGUUAUUCCCUCAGGCUCAUCCAAGACCGCCUUGAUGAGAUCCAGACUGUCCUUAGUCCAGCUCAGAAAAGUGUGCAGGACAUCACUGACCAGCUGGACGGAUUCACUGGGAGACUUGCUCAGUUACGGCAGAAAGCAAGCCACAACCAGUUGCAGGCUGCCGAUGCUCAGCAAAAAGCAGUAGAAGCCAGCGAGCAAGCGAGGAGCACUCAGCAGGGAUUUGAACAGGUGAAACAAAAAUAUGCAGAACUUAAGAAGCGGAUGGGACAAGGAUCAAACCUGGGAGAGCAAGGAGCUCGGAUCCAAAAGGCCCACAUGGAGGCCAACAUAUUGUUCAAAGAAGCCUUGAAUAUGAUGGCUAAAAUGGGAGCUAUAGAAACAGAUCUCCAAGAUAGCAACAAUGCAUUCAUCCUUGAAUCAGCCAAGCUGGCAGGCCUGGAAAAGAAGGUGGAAACCAUUCGCAAUCAUAUCAGCCACCGAGUUGCAUAUUAUGCCACGUGUACAGACUAGCACUGUUAUUCCUGUCUCCUUACUGAUCCCUUUUUCUAAUUUAAAAAGUUCUUGUUUCCUCCUUGCAAAUAAAAUAACUUUAUACACCUAGCUGUGAACCAAAAGAGCCCAAUGGCCAGUGUGUUAAUUUAUUUGCUAUAGCCUUCUAAGGUCUUUUUAUGUCUAGAAUUCAUGAAGUUUUUGAAUAAAAACUGGCUGAUGGUUCAUUUUUA